CAGGCGCGCGCGCACCAUUGUGUGGCUGGACUCGGCCGCCGCUGUGGUGUGAGGUGCGUGUCCGGGCUCUCGCCGUCACCGCACCCGCACCGCGGCUAUUGCCGUGCGGUCAGCCAUUCGACCGCCAGCCCUCGGGCCCCUUGCCCACUUCGGACAUGCCGCGCGUCUACAUAGGACGCCUGAGCUACAACGUCAGGGAGAAGGACAUUCAGCGCUUUUUCAGUGGCUAUGGCCGCCUUCUCGAAAUAGACCUUAAAAAUGGGUACGGCUUCGUGGAGUUCGAGGACUCCCGCGACGCCGACGACGCCGUUUACGAGCUGAACGGCAAGGAGCUGUGCGGCGAGCGCGUGAUCGUGGAGCACGCCCGCGGCCCGCGCCGGGAUCGCGACGGCUACAGCUACGGAAGCCGCAGUGGUGGAGGUGGAUACAGCAGUCGGAGAACCUCUGGGAGAGACAAAUACGGACCACCUGUACGCACAGAAUUCAGACUUAUUGUAGAAAAUCUUUCUAGUCGUUGCAGUUGGCAAGAUUUAAAGGAUUUCAUGAGACAAGCAGGUGAAGUAACCUAUGCAGAUGCUCACAAAGAACGCACAAAUGAAGGUGUCAUUGAGUUUCGCUCCUACUCUGACAUGAAGCGUGCUUUGGAUAAACUGGACGGUACAGAAAUCAAUGGGAGAAAUAUUAGACUCAUUGAAGAUAAGCCACGAACAAGCCAUAGGCGGUCUUAUUCUGGAAGCAGAUCUAGGUAUCGGAGCAGAUCGAAGGAUGAGUAUGAGAAAUCUCGAAGCAGGUCUCGUUCUCGAUCUCGUUCCCCCAAAGAAAAUGGAAAAGGUGAUAUAAAGUCCAAAUCUAGAUCAAGGAGCCAAUCCCGUUCCAAUUCACCCCUACCUGCUCCACCCUCAAAGGCCCGUUCUGUGUCCCCUGCACCAAAAAGAGCUUCAAGAUCCCAUUCUAGAUCUCGUUCAAAGUCAAGGUCACGAUCCAGAUCAAGUUCCAGAGAUUAACCCAGAACUCUCCAUUCUUUGCACACUAUUACAGAACACUUUCCUACUUGCUUAGUCAGUUACUCUUUCAUGUUUCUACUUGGCCUCUUCUGCAAGAAGAAACCUCCCAAAACGGGCACACAGAAAUUGGAUUUGUAGCCAAAUUUGAUGAAAAAGAUGAGGUUCUAAAGCAAUGGCAUGAAGUCAAAGAUCCUCUCCCUUCUUUGUAGAAUUAAGAUAACUUUGAUUUUAUAGCUUUUGAGCUAAAAUAACUUUUGUAAAGAUUAAGCUCAUUUAGAUUUUUUUUUUUAAGUAUUUCAGCAGGAUCUGCUGGAGGGGUUUUGUUAUUGUUAUGUUUGUUUGCUUAAUUUUAAAUUAACCGUUUCAGGCUUUGAAUACUUAAGGCUUUAGAGGGAGUACCCAAUUUUCAAUUAUGUUGGCUUUUUAUAAAGCUUGAGUUAUGUAAGAUUUCAAUAAAAGUUUGCUACCAAGAUGAUUGCCUUACUUGAAUAGGUCACUCUUAUAAAUUCCUCGAGAUACAGAUUAUCAGUACAUCUGUGGAAACGAUGUAAACUCUACUUAAGUGUAAAACAAGGCAAGUCUCAGAUGCAAUAAGUUUGGAUACGUUAUUUUGUGCUGUUAAUCAAAUUUGCCAAAGUCAUUUUGGCCCCUUAAACAGGUUUAAGUUAAAAAUAAAAGAUUUUGUAGUGGACCUGUUAUACAGUUUUGCCUAAGUUACUAGCUUUUUAAAAUGUUCUUUAAACUUAAAUUGGUUGAACUCAAAAAUGUAGUUCUAAUACUUGGGAUCUCAUCUAGCCUGGUAAUCCCACUUUCUGAAAGUGAUCAUUGUAAUUAGUAUUUUGUAAGAGUAAGGUUCCGUGAUCUUUACUGUUAUGUAAAAAUAGAAGUAACCUUUCUUUGAUCAGAAAUUUAGUAUGUUAUUCAAAAUGGAAAAGCAAAUACUGUGUUUUCUAUUGGAAAAUCCUUAAUAUUAACAGGCACUUAACAGAUCAUUUGGUAAAUCAAUUACCAUUUAAAGCAAAAUUCUGCCUAACAGUCAUCCUUUUGUAGUUAGUGGGAUUCUGUGAUAAUUGGUUAGAUCAUCCUUAUGAACUUUAUGUGGUUGGCUUGGAAAAAACUUAAAUGAAAUGGGUUAAACCCUAGUUAUCUGCAAAUUCAUAGGAGUUGCUGGGUUACAAUUAGUCCUUACGUCCGUAAGCCUAGUUAGUCGAAAUUGCAGUUUGAGAAAUGAAUUACCUUAUAUCUAUCUGUUCAGGCUCAUUAAGGUAAUUUCAUUUGAAAAACCAUUCAUUAAUCUUGGUCUGAAAUUGGGCUGUAGGUUGUUUGGCUCAGCUUUAACAUCUUUCUAGGAGCUGUCAGUGUAUAAGAUGUCAAGGGCUGGGUAGUGUUAGGGUACAGUGUGAUGGAUACCGUUAUUUUGAGAAAUUUUUGGGCUUCCUGUUACGAAAUCUUAAAGAGUCUAAUCUUGGGAACAUAGUGCCCCAAAAGGUUGAUGCUUCUUUGACGACCUUAUUUUCUUAAAUGCUUCUGAUAUUUUUUUAGAUAUUCAUAAGAAAUAUGGUUUGUUUUUGUUUCCCCAUAUAGACCUUGGAUUUUGAGAGAAAAAACUGGUAUCUGUAAUUAUAGUUCAUUGUUCUGCCUGUUUCAAAGAAAAAAAGUUGACUGUUGCAUAAAGAAGCAAGUCUCCACUGCCUUUCAAAAUGUGUUUAAGGACAAGUUACUUUUAAGAAUUGGCUUUGACCAAAGUUCUCUUGUUUUCAGGGAAAGAACAAAAGCUUUUAAAACCACAGCCUUUUAAAGUGAAGGAGGGGGGAAUACUACAAUAUACAAUAUGACUUUCUAAAAGUAUGCAGCAUCCUUCAUCUGGGCUUUCUUAUGACAUCACAUGGUAAUAGGCAGGUUUGUCUAUCCUCGUUAGCUCCCACCCCCACAGGUGGGUAAUUGUAUAGGUUAAUGCCUGCACCCAUAAGAAUUUAAUAGCAAACACCAGUUUAUUAAAUCUCUAGUUCCUAUUCCACGCCUGUGGACCCCCAUCAUUGGACAUGCUAAACCACUGUUUCUAUAUAAACACUGGCCCACUUAGAGUUGACCAAUAAAAUGUUUAGUUCCUUGCUAACUUAAGUAGAAUCUUGAGUCUCUGCAGCUUGCCACGUUUUUACCUGUGGCUAGAUGGGAGUGUUAAGCUGGUAGAGAGCAGAAUAGAAGUGUGAGAACCUGGAUCCCCCGAUCUUUUACCUGGUAGUGUGUUAACAUGCCGUAGUGCCUUUAUGGCCAGUUCAGUCUUUCCUGCCCUGUGACUUCACGUUCCACUCCUGUGUUGUUACCGUCUUUUCUCUUGGUAUCUUCUUUCUCCCACUUUGUUAACCUAUUUUGUGCUUUAUUGCCUCAAUAAAAUGUUCACUGAGGGAAA